AUGGCUAAACAUCAUCCAGACUUGGUAUUUUGUCGUAAGCAGCCCGGCGUUGCUAUAGGACGAUUAUGUGAUAAAUGCGACGGUAAAUGUGUUAUUUGUGAUUCCUACGUUAGACCAUGUACACUGGUACGCAUUUGUGAAGACUGCAAUUAUGGCUCAUAUCAGGGUCGAUGUAUUACAUGCGGUGGACUUGGAAUUUCAGAUGCAUAUUAUUGUAAGGAAUGUACAAUUCAAGAAAAAGAUAGAGAUGGAUGUCCAAAAAUUGUAAAUUUGGGAAUUGCAAAAACAGAUCUAUACUAUCAACGGAAAAAAUAUGGGUUCAAAGUACGUUAA